AAUAUACAGCGUAAGACAACACACGCGCGCGUUUUGCAAAAAAAAAAAUCUUUUCCAUAUUUUUUUGUGUUUCAAAUGUGCUAUUAAUACACAAAAACUAUGUAUUUAAAACAAUUUUGUUUGUUUCUGUGUUUUUGGACGAUCUAUGCGGAGUUUGAAGGUGAAUCCUGCGUUAAAGAUGGCAUGACUGGCGUCUGCACGGUCUUAGGUCAAUGUAGGACAGCCAUUGAAGACAUCAGAAAUAGGAGAAACCCUCAGAUAUGCUCGUUCAAACUUUCGGAUCCAGUAGUAUGCUGUCUAGACGGAAGAGCUAACCCAGUGCCUAUGCCUCCACCCUUGACGACCACUAGACGGCCAGUAGUAACAACAACUACGGAGUAUACUCCACCAACGUAUGAUUAUCACGACGUAGGAGGCCAGAGCUCGCAGUGUGAAGAUAUCUCCCCCACCCUGACUGCCCCCAAGACGGGACAGAAGGCUUUUGAUAAGUGCAUCGAAUACCAGGAGAAGUACAUAUACCCCUGUGAGAAGGGCAUGGCCCUCACCGGAGGGAUGACCAGGGGCAAGCACUGCUACCACACUGCUGACGAUCUCAUCAUCGGAGGAGUUGAUGCUGCUCAGUACGAGUUUCCUCAUAUGGUGAUGGUGGGCUACGGAGACACAAUCGAAGAUCUCCAGUACCUCUGCGGUGGAUCCCUCAUCAGUGAGAAGUUUAUCCUCACUGCUGGACAUUGUAUUUCUAGUAGGGACCUGGGUCCUAUAACCUACGUAGCAGUGGGUGCAAUAAGCAGGGAUGAUGCCGCUGCAGACACGUCGAAGGUCUACAAAGUCAAGAAUAUUAUCAAGCAUCCAGAAUACAGACCACCCAACAAAUACAAUGAUAUUGCUUUACUUGAGACUGAAAAAGAAAUCAACCUAAGCCAGUUCGUAGUGCCAGCUUGCUUGGACGUGGGUGAUACCACCAAUGAUGGAAAGGUUCUGGCCACCGGCUGGGGUCUCACAGCUUAUAGAGGCGGUAUCUCCAACAGGCUGCAGAAGGUGACAUUACACAAGUUUACAACUGAGGAAUGUUCAGCCCAAUGGCCGACUCAUCGCAAUAUGAAACAGGGUUUCAGUCCGCAAUCUCAAAUGUGUUACGGAGACAGGACUGUUUCUAAGGAUACCUGCCAAGGUGACAGCGGCGGUCCAAUCCAAGUGAAGAACAGAAAGAUUAACUGCAUGUACACAGUGGUCGGCGUGACGUCAUUCGGCAGUGCCUGCGGGUUUGUGGGCAGCGCUGGUAUUUAUACUAGAGUCGCUAACUAUAUACCUUGGAUUGAGAGUAUUGUGUGGCCGAAUUAGAAGAAAAAUAUUGAAGAGAACUUUCACACUGGCGGAUUUUCUGAUCGUCAAACUCAAAGUCGAAUGGUUUUAUUUCAAGCAGGCCUUUGCAGGCUCCCAUAAAACAUUGCAACCUAGCCUUGUCACUCAGAAAAAAACGAGCGGAAAAUCCACUAGUGUGAAAGUGUUGGUACCUAAAGUUUCAGACUAGCGUUUAAAGGCAGUAACUUCAUUUAUGAAUGUCUUAUUCUAAUGUGCACAUCAAGCUACUCCAAUUGAAAGAUUCGUAAUAAAAUGUACGAAUAUGCCUUAUGUAUAACAGCCUUAUGUAUAAGAUUACAUUUAUGUAUAUUUUGAAUAAGCGAAUAAGUGAUGCUAGUUUUCAAAAUUGCUUGUUAUUCGUAAAACUUAGAGACUAAGAUUUUCAUCUUAAAAUACUUUUAUUUAAGGUAAAAAGAAAAAAAACAGUCUAAUUGAGAAUCUCUUCGUUAAAAAUAUAUCUGAAAAGUGACUGAUUUAACUGCCUUAUUUUUUGCCUUUUUUCCAAAAUAUUUUAUGUUUAUAAUACCACACUUCCUGUUAAAAUAUUAAAAUAUCAUACUUAGUUUAGAAAUCGUCAAUAAAAAAUGACAUUAAAAUUAUAAUUAAUGAACAAAGUUAUGUAUUGCCAUACUUAUUUUUAAGAUUAAAAUAUUUUUAUACAAAGUG